AUGAAACAUCUGCUUCCCCAGUUCCCUUCCAUCCUGGCCAUCUACUGCUUCUGUAUGCUGCAGAUUCCCUCCCCAGGAGUUUCUCAACCCUUAGGUGGUUCUCCAGAUGGCUUAGAUGUUGUGGAGCUUGAGCGACUGGUAUACUGUCUGAACCAGUGGGGAACACUUUCUAGCCAACCUAAGGAAAACCAGGAUAUAUACAAAAGGUUUUUAUUUCACUACUCCAGAACACAGAAGCCAAGGCAUCCAGUUAACCCUGAGUUUGCACCGGUACAUCCCUUGAUGCGCCUGGCUGCCAAGCUCGCCAGCAGGAGGAUGAAAAGAUGGCCGCCUCCAGACUCCAGGACUGCUGCUGUGGACUUUCCUAAGAAGGAUCCCACUACCACCUUGGGGCGGCCAUUUUUCCUUUUCAGGGUAUAA